AGACCAUGUUUAAUUUUACCUAUAUUACAUCUUGCAAAGGAUACAUGCGACAGGAGUUCUGUUGUUUACUGGUGGCGUCAUAUCCAGAGCCAAUCUCCCUUGCUGGGCCAUGAUCCCGCCAACGCCGCCUCCUGGCCCCGCCUGUUCUUGUCCCAGCCUCAUCUUUGAGAUAAGACUCACAUUCUUGACCCCACUGGACGACACCUACGUCUUCUCACUGCAUCUUAAGUCGCUCAGUUUAGUUGCGCAAUGUUUCCACGUCGCUCACUUCGCUCGGCAGCUUCCAACGACGCGAAAUCGUCGCUCGACUUCACGCAACGAGUCGAGAGAAAGUUAGCCGAGUACAACGCUUCGAACAAUGUCUUUAAGAGAUGGCUGUUUGAGAUGGCCAGUUGGUGCAUCAGUGCGGCAUGCAUGAUCGCAAUUAUAUGCAUCUACCUUCAGAUCAGUGACCAGCUCCUGUCUACAAGCGGAUCAUACCUCACACUGGCCAAUGUGCUCGGAAAAUUAUCUUCAGCUGCCUUGAUCGUCCCAACCUCAGAAGCGCUUGGGCAACUGAAAUGGAACUGGUUCCAUGAGUCCAAAGCUAUGUGGGAUUUCGAGAUAUUCGACAAGGCUUCCAGAGGACCGCUUGGUGCCUUAAUGCUACUGUUCCGAACAAAAGGUCGUUCGUUGGCUGCACUAGGCGCACUACUUAUCGUCUUGCUCCUUGCGAUUGACACCUUUUUCCAACAGGUCGUUACUUUCCCUGAUAGAUGGACCCAACACCAGACUCCUGGAGAGAUACCAUACGUAAUCCGUUACGAGCCUCCCUACCUCAUGGAGUUUCAGGGUGGAUGGGAAACUAGCGUCUAUAAUACCGACCUGCAGCCCGUUGUCCAGCAAUUUCUUUACAGAAAUGGCAGCAAACCUGUUCCGUUUGGCACAAAUUAUCGUCCCGACAUUCCUCUGUCUUGCCCUACUAGCAACUGCACUUGGCCAGUGUAUGACACACUUGCUGUCUGUAGCAAGUGUACCGAAGUAAGCGAACUCUUGGACAUUACCUUUACGUGUUUGGAAACAGCUUUAGAUUGGAGCACGGAUUUCGAAGGACCUCUUUCUGAUGUCCCUUAUUCCCAAAAGAAGAUGUGUGGGCAUUUUCUGAACUCGACAGCGGAUCUUCCAAUCUUACUCUCGGGAUAUACUGUCGAUACCGACAGGGACGAGAUCCCUGACGAAGCUUUGCUGCUUAGAACGAUCCCUCUCACGGCAUUUCUCACCAAGGCACGUCUUUAUGGUGUCGGCUCGGUGGCCUAUAAGAAUAUACGCAACCCAAUCCUUGAUGCCUUAAUAGCCUCCGCAUCUGAUGGACCAGAAAGUGUCUACCAGAAUAAGACGCCUACGGUUCAUGAAUGCGUCCUCUCCUGGUGUGUCCAAACUAUCGAAUCAUCCUACGGCCUGGGUGGAUAUAAUGAGCACAUCAUCUCAUCGUACCAUAAUACCACUUUUGGACCAAGUCCGUGGAUAUCGUUCGACAUUCCCGAGGAGGAGGGUGGUGGAAUCUGGAUUCAAUAUAAGGAAAACAUUACCAUCAUACCCACCAACACUAGUUCUCAACCUGUCAGGCCGAACGGCUCAGAGCUCGAAUACGGCGCCAGCAACGUGUCCGUUUCGGGCGUCAUGGGCAUCUUCGAUGACUUCUUCCCUGCUUCAUACAGCGUCAAAAAUGUUUCUGCAAUACCUAGACUCCGGUACAAGAACUUCCCGGGCGGACCUUUCCAGCGCUAUAUCCCAUGGACUCCUUGGAUGGCGCCCAACAAUAUAACGCAACAUCUUGAAAGACUCGCUACGGCGAUGACGAGUCGAGUAAGAUCAUCUGAUAGCAGUGAAACGCUCAUGGGCGAAGCAUUCUACACCGACAAGUACGUCUUGGUGCAAUGGGAGUGGCUCAUCUUCCCAUUCCUGCUCUUAAUGCUCGCUAUCGUCUUUCUGAUUUCUACGAUGAUCAAAACAUCCAAAGAUACCUCUACCGGUAUCUGGAAGACAUCUGCUAUGCCGACGCUCAUCUACGGUCUACCGAAAGAGGCGCAAAAGGAAAUGCAUCCCUCUUCGUCAUGGGAUAGCGCACAUGAGAGCAGCAAGAAGCUUCGCAUCAGAUUGUUGCCCAAGUCAGGAUGGAGGGUAUCUGGCGUCAGCCAUCUAAGCACGUCGCCACAGCUGCCACAUCCUGCUGUUCAGGCACCACACGGUUGGAUAUGA